GCGCCCUUCAAACCUCUCCGUUGUCUGGACUCGGCGUUCACGUCGUGUUGCCUCCGCCCCACUGCCUUGGGAGCCGGAUAUGAUGAAUCCGCUGGUCGGCAAUGUUACAUGGCCCGUUCCCGAUAAUCAUGCCAUCACCGUGACACUGUUCAAAGAUCCGCGUACCCAUGAACUGGAGGAUAAGGAUUGGACUUUCGUUAUAGAGGAUAUAACUCCAUUGGGCAAAAAACGUGUCCUGGCCAAUGCCAACAUCAACAUGCGCAAAUAUGCCAGUAUCGAAUCGACCCAACAAAGUUUCACCCUAAGCCUCAAGCCGGUGUCACGUAAAGUGACCUCAGCGGAAUUGGAAUUAACCAUCAGCUGUGUGUUCCUAAGGGAGGGUAAAGCCACCGAUGAAGACAUGCAAAGUGUUGUCUCUCUGAUGUCGGUGAAUAACAACUGUGAUGUUGCCCCUCUCGAUGAUUUGGAGGAUAUUCCGGAUUUGGAAAAUUCCGCCGAUAUCUCAGAUCAUUUGUUCGAUUUCACACAGCAACUGGAACAAAUGACAACCAGUCUGAAUGGUUGCAUGGAUCUACCGACGCCAUUGAGUGUACCUUCUUUGUCCGAAGACCCAACUCCAUUGGCCGAAGUUAAUAAUUUAAAUUUUGAAUUUGAAUCAGACAAACAGCAGCAGCCCCCUUUUACACCGCCACCCGGGGAUGAUGGUGAUUUUAUGGAGGAUUCGCUGAAGACACCAAGUGCUAGCCAGGCACCAACGGCCACGGCCGGAACACUGCCCACAACAUCGUCUUCAUCAUCCAGAGAACCAGUUCCUAAUAGUGAAACGGAAAUAUUGACCGGCGAGGAGAAAUCAACAAAGAAAGAACCCAAUCGGCUGAUGCGUAUUGUAACCUCCACACCCAUAGCCAAGGUGUUCGAUCCGAAGAAGUCAACGGAAAAGGCCAACGAGGAGCCCAUAAAACCCGCACGCAAGGGUUUGAAAUUUUCAUCCACCUCAACAUCGUCAUCUCAAGAGGAGGCAAACAAAGAAUCAUCCUCCUCAUUAACGAAGAAUGGUUCGGUGGUGGAAGAGACCAAAGAAACGGAACAAAAAUCCACCAAGGAUGAUGAUACACUGGAGUUAUCCUUUGACAGUCAUCGCAUUGCUGAAUCAACAAAAAUCUCAGAUAGUACCAUAACAGCCACAGAGGGUGCUGAUACUACUAAGGAGGAGGAAUUGAAAAUUUCCGAUUCGCAAGAAAAGAAAGAGGACACCACCAAAUCCCAAUCCACCAGCAAUGAAUCAAAGGACAAUUUCUCUGCCAAACUCAAUGAAUUGGAUAUUUCAUCGGCCUCUUUCAAAACGGAAAAUCACAAACGUCCUGAACUGCAGCCGCUGAAUUUAAAGAAAUCCUAUGAAUCCAUAGAACCGACAGCGAAUAAUAGCAACAACACCUCUAAUAAUGGCACCCACAACACAACCUCCAAUAGCACGCUUAACACCUCUACGAACAACAGUAGCAGUAGUAUUCAAAAUAAUACUACCUCCAAGCCGCCAUCGGGAGCCAAUUCAACAAAUGGCCACCUAUCCCUUAGCAAUGGCGGAAUUGGCAAUAAUUCUCUGAAGCCCGUGGAGAAAAUCGUUCUCAAGGAAAAUACACCUGGGCAGGAUUUGCUGGAAUGGUGCAAAGAAGUUACCAAAGAAUAUCCAAAUGUUAAGGUUACCAAUCUCACGACCAGUUGGCGUAAUGGCAUGGCCUUUUGUGCUAUCAUUCACCAUUUCGAACCCAACCUAAUUGACAUGUCCAAGUUAACACCACACGAUGUGGUCGGCAAUUGUCGUAUUGCCUUCGAUGCUGCCGAAUCAUUGGGUAUACCACGCGUCAUUGAGCCACGUGAUAUGAGUCUGCUGGCGGUGCCGGAUAAAUUGGCCGUUAUGACGUAUCUGCAUCAAUUGCGGGCCCAUUUCACCGGCAAACAGCUACAAAUUGAACAAAUUGGUCCCACUUCCGAUGAGUCCAGCUAUGUCAUUGGCAAUUAUAAAUCAGACAAUUUAUCGUCACAGAAUCUAUUGAAUUUAUCGCACUUGAAAGCACAACUUCUGCAUCAGAACUCAUUGGACGAUGAUAUCUUCGGGUUGGAUAACAAUAAAACCUCCCAAUUGUCGCCGACGGCAAAGAAAGAUGUUAAGAAUUUAAUUUUAUCGGGAUCGAAGAGUAUUUUGGGUAAGGUGCUACUAUCACCGACGAAAGAUAAGAAUAGCAUCAAUGCAUCACAGCAUUCGAAUACCGCAACACAAUCAUCUGCAUCGCCCUUAAUUGAAGGCAAUGGUUCCUUGGAUGAUUCGCAUCAUCUGCAUCAGAAUGCGGAUGAGGUUAUUAGCAACUCUUCGAAUCAGGAGAAUAUUUCGCAAAAUGCACAACUAAAAGAGAAUCUUAUCACAGCGACAGCCUUGGAUCCAAAUACAACAAAUAAAAUUUUAUCACGUCAUAAAGAGCAAAGUGAAAAAGCCCGCCAAAUGAUGGAGAAAUUGCGAAUCUCUCAAAAUGAGAGACUGGCAAACGAUGAGGAACGUCAACAACGCCUGCGCGAAGAGGCCCGACGCAUAAUACUCGAGACCCGCGGUAAGGGCUCAUCGAAUCACAGCAGUCUGGAGAGUCCAACAUCACCGACAAAAACUAAACGUUACAAUUUCACCUCCGAACGUACAAUAUCACCGAUUAGUAAUACUCUGGAUUUGGAUGAUUUCGGAGGAGAUGCCUCCGCGCAGCAAUCAUCGCCCAAAGCACCGUUAUCGCCCACGAAGCGUAUAACACCACCACGUGAUAAUGAUAGCAGUAGUAUAACAACAACAACCACAACAACAAAUAGUAAAUUAAGUCCUAGUCAUAGAUUAAGUUUAAAUAAUGGUGGUGGUGUCGGCGGUAGUGGAAUGGCAGCAACCACCCUGCAGUCCUUUAACAAUGUUAUGGAUCGUCUAACACCAAAGAGUGAAAAUAUGCCCGAAAAACUAUUAUUCAUCCAAUCCGAAUUGGAGGCCCUCGAACGCGAACAGGUGGCUGUCGAUCAGAAAGCCAACAGCCUGGAAAAGAAGUUGCGUGCCGUCAUGAGCGGAAAACCAAGUAAUAAUAGUAGAAAUAAGGAAAAUCCCUUCUUUAGAUUAAUACGCAAUAGUAUCGGUGGUGGUGAAACCAUACGCAUUAAAUUGUUAGACAUAGAAAAUGGUGAAUUGUCCCUAACCCCAUCGGGUAGUUCAGAAUCAUGUUCAUCGUCAUCAUCGGAUAGCUCAUCGCCGGUAAAUGGCGAUGAUGAUGAUGAUGGUGGCAAUGGUGGUCAUGGUGGGUUUGUUGCGGCUGCAGGCAGUGGUGUUGCCGGUCUCAAGGCCAGCUUGCUAAGGCCAUUUUCGGCAGAGCCCACCAAAGUGGUGAGGCGGGUACGCAAACGUCGUCUACAUCCCCAUAUACCAAGGCAACGUUCACGCUCCUGUUGUGUGGCCGAAAUGCAAAUACCUCGCUCCAAUGAUUUUGAGUAUCAGCAGCAUCACAAUCCUCCUCCGCAGCCUUCACAUCCAUACCAUCAGAAUCAGCAUCAUCAUCGCGAGCCAUCGAUGGCCAACUUAUCGGGUAUUAGAGAAAAUACUACAACUACUAUUUCCAAUUCUUCCUGCGCCACUGCAACAACACAACAACCGCCCUAUAGUCUAUUAUCCUCAGCUUCAUCCAAUCAUUCCUCUUGUGAUAAUUUCAAAAUCUGUAGCGAUGAAGAAGAACAGCCACAGCAACAACAACACCAUUCUCCAUUUGUACAAAGACGUCAUAGAAGACGUUCAACCUCUCAAAGACGUUCACGAAGUAGAAGUAAAAGUACUGGUG